UUGUUUCUACUCUGGCUUGGCAUUCCAGCUAUAAACUUUUUUCUUACAUUUUAACUAAAAAAAUUACCUUUUAUGUUUAUCUCUUUAAGCAACAUUCUGGAAAGACUGAAGAGAAACCUUUUUGAAAACUUCAUUUAAUUGAAUCAUGACGUUUGAGAGUUACAAGCUGUUUCUGAUUAUUAACUUUUUGUUUUUGCCCGUCUGUUGCUAAAGCUAUUAUGUUGUGUCUACUGUAUAAUUUUGCUCCUAACAGCUCAAAAAGAGGGUUUAAGUGAACACCCACUUGUUUCCUUGUUCCGGGCCGCUGAAUAAACAAACUACAAAGCUUGAAGGUUAUGAAAAGAAGCAUUUGGAGAAGAAGUUUCCAAUCAUAGUGUUAGAGGAAGGUCCUAUAACUUUUUGCGGGCAAAGGGCUCAUCAACAUGUCUGGAAAAGCAUCAACUUCAAAGCCUAAUUUAAGUCUGGGUGGAUCUGAUGGUCUUUCACAUGCUUACAUUCAGUAUCCACCACUUAGGUGUAAUGUUCCUGGAUCAAGGGGAUUAUUCUAUGAUGAUGGAAACAAGUUACUACUCUCCCCAACAGCUGACCAGGUCUUUUCAUGGAAAGUUGGUCCCUUUGAUCCACUCAUUGGUCCAACCACUGAUUCAAUAAGUGAAGGUCCUAUUAUAGCUAUUCGAUAUUCUUUAGACACAAAGGUUAUAGCAAUCCAACGGUCGAACCAUGAGAUACAGUUUUGGGAUAGAGAGACUGGGGAAACUUUUAGCCAUAAGUGCAGGCCAGAAUCAGAAAGUAUACUUGGAUUUUUUUGGACAGAUAGUCAACGAUGUGAUAUUGUACUUGUUAAGACCAGUGGUCUAGACUUGUAUGCAUAUAAUUCAGAGUCAAAAUCACUGCAAUUGGUGGAAACAAAGAAACUGAAUGUGAGUUGGUAUGUUUACACACAUGAAAGUCGCUUGGUUCUUCUUGCUUCUGGAAUGCAGUGCAAGACAUUCCAUGGAUUUCAGAUUUCAUCUGCAGAUAUUGUUCGCUUGCCAAGGUUUGAGAUGGUUAUGGCCAAAUCUGAGGUCAAUACUAAGCCAGUUUUAGCAGCUGAAGACAUCUAUAUUGUCACUGUUUAUGGUAGGAUAUACUGCUUGCAAGUUGAUAGAGUUGCUAUGCUACUCCAUUCGUAUAGGCUAUAUCGUGAUGCGGUGAUACAGCAGGGUUCUUUACCCAUUUAUUCCAGCAGGAUUGCUGUGAGUGUGGUCGACAAUGUACUUCUUAUUCAUCAAGUUGAUGCAAAGGUUGUUAUACUUUAUGAUCUCUUUGCAGAUUCUCGAGCUCCAAUAUCUGCACCACUUCCUUUACUAUUAAGGGGUUUCCCCAGGUCCAGUACUUCAUCUCAAUUUAGUGGUAGACAAAGUGAGAGUUCAGAUGGUACUGUUUUAAGUAAUCAUGAAGCAGUUAUGUACACCGAUACAUGGACUUUCCUAGUGCCUGAUCUCGUAUGCGAUGUGGCCAAUAAAUUAUUAUGGAAGUUCAGUUUAGACAUAGAGGCAAUUUCUGCCAGUAGCUCAGAGGUCCCAUCAGUAUUAGAGUUCCUGCAGCGGCGGAAGUUGGAAGCUAACAAGGCUAAACAAUUGUGCUUGGGUAUAACACGUACUCUUAUUCUUGAGCAUAGGCCUGUGUCUGUGGUUGCCAAGGCUAUAAAUGUACUAGUCACAUCGUACUCCCAUUCAAUUAAAACUGGUAGCUAUCUUAAGGGACUGAAACCUGAGAAGACAUCAGCUUCUGGUGCUGAUGUAUCUUCUAUAGGAACAGAUUCAAUUGGAAAAUCAAUCAUACAUGAGUCUACCUCCAGAGUAGACAGCAGAUCUUUAAACAAAGCUUUGACUGUUUCAAGUUUGGAUUCUGAGGACGAGUCCCAGCCUGCAAAUCCAGAAUGCAAUUUAGAGGCCCAAGUUGGGGGUGAUGUAAACAAUGAGAGCUCCCCAAGCACUGCAGCUCAUAGUGCUUAUGUUAUGCCAUCACCUCUGCAGUCUGGGCAAGAGGAAUCCCAACUCACUUCUGCAGUAAUUUCACCAGAUGAGUUGUACAGCUUUGUCUUUUCUCCCGUUGACGAAGAGAUGGUUGGAGACCCUUCAUACUUGGUUGCAAUCAUUAUUGAGUUCCUUCACAGUGCAAAUUUGGAGAAGAUUCGAGUACUCCCAAAUUUAUAUGUACUGAUAAUUCAACUUCUGGCCCGCAAUGAACGUUAUGCAGAACUCGGUUUAUUUGUGAUAAACAAGAUUCUGGAGCCCUCUAAGGAAGUUGCACUACAACUCCUAGAGUCUGGUCGUCAGAAUACCCAAACUAGGAAGCUUGGUCUGGAUAUGCUGAGACAACUUGGUUUACAUCAUGAUUAUGUAUUGCUGGUAGUCCAAGAUGGAUACUACCUUGAAGCCCUACGAUAUGCACGGAAGUACAGGGUGGAUACCAUCCGGCCAUCAUUGUUCUUAGAAGCAGCAUUUGUUUCCAAUGACUCCCAACAUCUUGCUGCAGUUCUAAGAUUCUUUGCAGAUUUCCUUCCUGGCUUCAAAAACACCUCAGAGCAUAAUAGAUACUACCGCAUACUGAAUGAGAUGAACUCAUCCAUGACUGUGUGAGAAGGCUUACAUGAAAAAAAUUCAGAGAAAUUUUGAGUCAUUGUCGUGGGUACCUUGUUCAAGUGUGGGGUCAUCUCGUUAUGACAUCUGAUAUUAAAAGAUAUGUAAUAGAUUUGAUAAUAGUUUCAUGUUGUAUGUUAAAAUGUCUCACUUCAUAGUUAAUUUUAGUAGAUAUUGUGAUCUAAAUGGAAUUCUCCCGCGAUGAAGUUUUACUUCGGUUGCGCUUGUGGUGUAUUGCAUAUUUGUUUAAUUUAUUAAUUUCUGGGGAGGGA